AUGUCAGUCAAAGUUGCUGUUUUUCAAGUUGGGGACAAAGAGGAUAGAAGAGGCCAGAAAUUCUUGUUGCUAGUGCACCUAUACUUGAAGCCACAUCUGAAACUGAAAGAGAGGGUGUCAGCUCAUCAAUUUUGUCCCAAUAGCAUUAUAUCUGCUUGCACCUCGAUGCUUGAAUCACAUAGUAAAACCAAGAUGUGGCACCUCAUUGAGAGUGGCAAGUUCUGUCUAUUUGGGGCUGCAUGUUUUGACAUGCAUUCCCCAAAUGAGAGGGACACUGGAGUAUGCUUACUGUACCGCUCCACAGGUAGGUGCUACUUCCCGGAUUCAUGCCCCUUGAGAGGCAUCCCUACGCCACUUCCGUACGUGCCUCGUAGGUCAAGGGAGUAA